AUGGCAGCUCCACGUGCUUCAUCUUUCAAGGCUCUCCGCAACUUGCAGCGGUCGGCAGCAACUGGAGCCACCCCAGCCAAACGCAGUCUCCAUAUCACCGGAACACAUGCAUCUCCACGGCUUGCCAACCCUACGCACAAGACAACCUACUUGCCCAUGAACCUGCAAGAUCUUCGCCAAGAGUGCCAGAAGCGUGCUCUAUCCGCAUCCGGCACCAAGCAUGAAUUGAUUGACCGCCUUGCUGGUCAUGAUAACCUACAAGCGAGAGCUUUCUCCAUCGCCAUGAAACGUAUCGCCAUCGAGCAGACUCGCAAACCUGUAUCUGGACCCUCCGAGACUUCUCCCCAAAGACACUUCAACACCUCGCGUGAAUUGAAAGCGGUCCAUGACUCUUCAACCAUCGACUUUGCCUUCCUCCCCAAACUAUUCGAGACCAAUGGUCCAGAGCCCGCCGCCAUUCGUGUUCCCAUCCUACCAGAUAUCCAUUCGGACUCGGCAGAGGCCAUACUCGAGAAAUAUCCCGAACUGGACUCUGCAGCUGGUGGUUACCAAGAUACACCUGGACAUGAAACUGUCUUGAAGGCGCAGAUCUCCACCGUCAAUGGUGAUGAUGAUAGUCCCGCCAGUGCAUUCAGCGAUGUGCACGACGGCCAUCAUGCCACAGAAAUGUCGGUAGAAAUGCUCACCAAACUUACCGAGACUGUGGGCUACAGUGCGAAACAAUUUGUUGACAUGGUCAAAGACAAGGACGAAGAGACGGUCCGGAAGAUCUGGACCGGAUUUCUUGAUGAUGUCUUCGGAGGGCCUCGAAAGGGAGCCAAAGCUUGA